UAAUAACGGCAACGCUAUAGAAAACGUGGAGUGUUAUUCGCGCUUUAAUUUAGGGAUUGACCGUUGAAUUUUAGUUUACGUGAGUUGUUUAUGAUAUAGACAGAAUUGACGAUAUUCUAAGUGAUUUCUAUGCAAUAAAUUGGAUCAAGUUUGAAACAACUUGCAGUUAUUACAUAAAAUGUAUAAUGGUAUUGGUCUUCAAACACCCCGUGGAUCUGGAACCAAUGGACAUGUUCAAAGAAACUGGGCUAUUAUACGCAAAACAAAGGAUAAAGUUAAUUAUAAAACUGAUGAAGGAAAGAUAGAACAAAUAAAUAAACAACCUAAUAAGGAGAUUCUUGAUCAUGUCAGAAAGCGAAAAGUUGAAGUUAAAUGUGCCGAAUUAGCAGACAUUUUGGAAGAACAAGGAUUCACAACCGAGGAAGUAACAAAGAAAGUGGAAUCUUAUCGUUCAAUGUUAAUGGGUACAGAAAUGAAGACAAGUGCACCACGUGAUGAAUUUGGCCGCAUAAAUGUUCGAGAAACACAUCAGAUAGCCGAGGCACAACAAGAAAAAAAUGCUAAAUUGCGGGAAGCCUUUGGAAUAUCAGAAUUCUUCGUGGAAGGAAGUAGCCUAGAUCCGGAAAGGCGGGCACGAGAAGCCGAGGCAAGAGCGGCGGCGAACAAGGUUUAUGAAUUAGUUCGCACUCCAAGCCCUGCUCCGGAUACUACCUCUGCUCCGGAAAAGAAGAAUAAAAGAAAACGUUCUGGUAGCACGUCCAAGAAGAAAAAGGGAAAGAAGCAUAAAAAAGAAAGGUCCGAAUCUCCAAGGACGUCCAAGAAGAAAGAAAAAGCUAAGAAAAAGAAAAAGGAGAAAAAGCACAAAAAGGUAGAGGCCAGUUCAUCUGACAGUGAAUCCAGCGAUGAUACCGAAGAGAGCUGUUCGUCUGAAGCUGAAUCAAAAAAGAAGAAAAAGAAGAAAAAAAAGAAAAACAAAGUUGAAGGAAAAGAAAAAUCUGAGAAGAAAAAAGCAGCGCUAAAGAGGAAACAUCAAUCAACGGAUAGCUCUACAGACAAUUCUCCAGAGAGGCCAAAGAAAAGAACGAAAUAUGAUAAAGUUGUUGUAGAGAAGAAUACGUUUGAUGACGGUGAAAAUGUUACAAAAGAAUAUCGAGUAAAUAGAUCUCCAAAAAAAGCAGUAGAAAGAUCAUCUCGCAAUGAAACACCACCUAUAAAGAAAAAGGAAUCAGCCACAAAGAAAACUACUAUUAUAGAUAAAAGGGACAAGUCACCACCGAUUACACAUAAAACCCCACCACCUAGACGUCAUAGAUCUCCAUCCAGAGGUAGAGCAGACAGAGGAAGAUCUCCAAGAAGAUAUUCGAGAUCACGACGCGUAACAUCUUCUCCAAGAAGAAGAAGGAUUUCAAGAUCACCGCGACGUUACAAUAGAUUUUCUAUUUCAAGAAGUAGAAGUCGUUCAAGAUAUGAUCGUUAUGGAUCAAGACGUAGACUUUCUCCUAUACAUAGACGUAGGAGAUCAGAUUCUCGUAAAAGAUCUAGAUCUCCAAGAAGACCAAAAGAAAGGAGAGAUAAAUCGCAGGAACGUCGUAGAAGCCGUACUAGAUCCAAGAGUAGAUCUAGACGAUCGUCUUUGAGUUAUUCACCAGUACGGAAAAACCCGGAACGUUAUAAGGAUAUAUUAGAAGAUAAGAAAAAGCGAGAACAAAAAAGAGAUCGGGAUGUUGUUAGACAAAAAUCUCGAUCAAUAUCGAAAGGUAGAAAAAUACAAAUGAUUACACCGCGAGUAAGUUUGAGAUCUUCUAGUGAAGAUGAGGGUGAUAUAGCGGACGAUGAACCGAAACAAGAAGAUGAGGAAAAAAUUAAGGAAUUGAACACGUUGAAACGUUUGCAAAGUGGAUUAGCUGCGAAGGCUAGAGAAACAUUAGGGAAAAAGGUAAUAAGUCCUGUAAAAGUUAAAUUAGAAAAGAAAGAAGAAUCGGUUUUCGAUAUAGCAUUACCGGUGGAACCACCAAAACUAACGGAAGACCCAACAAAUUCUUCUUCUUCUUCCAAAGAAAAAUUAAUAUCACCUGUACGGUUACUUCCUGUACAGUCACCAGUUUCCAGUCGAUCACCUUCACCAGCAUUACCAUUGACUCGUGAAGAAGCUGCUAUAAAAAUUCGAUCGCCUAGCGAAUCACCACCUCUCUUGUCGCAAACACUAUUGGAUAAAACUAGUCCAAAGUCACCUGUUAUGUCGGCAAUUGUAACAACAAUAAUAACAACACCAACAACAGCGACAACAACAACAACAACAACAAUAACAACAAAACAGUUCUCUUCGGGUCCUAGUAAUUCUAAAAGGAGUUCUCCAAUAAUUGUCCAGAAACCUUCUCCAAAAAGUAAUUCUUUGACGCAUUCACCACCUAUCGCGACUUCUCACAAAGAUGUUAUAAUAAAGUUAAGAUCUCCAAGUGAGUCACCACCAUCUUUACCAAGUGACACUAUUAACAAAUCCGACACAAGAUCUCGAUCUCCAAGUACAUCUAAAAGAAAUUCUCCAAUACCUAGGAAACAUUCUUUAAGAGAGAAAUCAUAUUCCAGAUCCCCGUCAAGAUCAUACACAAGGUCAUUAUCUUUGGAAAAGAAGUCUUCCAGAUCACCGAGACAUCGUUCAAGAUCUUUAUCCAGAAAUAGAUCGCGUUCGCGUGCUCGUAGCAAAAAAUCCGUAUCUCCAAAGCAUAGGCCAUCGAGAUCUGGGUCUAGAUCAAAGAAAUCACCGAAUUCUCUUCAAGCACAUUCGAAAAGAAUAUCAAGGUCAAGAUCUUCCUCUGGAUCAAAACACUCUCCAUCGAGAUCCGCAUCAAGAUCGAAGAAGUCACCUUCUCAAUCCCCUGGAAAGUCAAGAUCUAGAAGUAGAAGCAUAUCGUUGUCAAAAAGAUCUAGAAGUUGUUCUUUAUCGAAAAAAUCCAGAAGUAGAUCUCUGUCGAAGGAAUCUAGAAGUUGUUCGGUAACUAAAAAAUCAAGAAGUCGUUCUUUGUCCAAAAAAUCGAGAAGUCGUUCAGCCUCAAAGAAAUGCAGGAGUCGUUCGUUAUCAAAAAAAUCAAGAAGUCGAUCUAGAUCGGCCUCUAGGAUGUCAAGAGAGAAAGAAAAACGAAGUAGAAGUAGAAGUACUUCUCGUUCUUCUGUCAGUUCGGCAAGGCAUAGUCGUCGCAGUUUUUCAAGUUCUACACGAUCAACCAGCAGCGUUUCUAGUAGAUCCUCGCGCUCAACUUCCAGCAGUUCGGGUUCUAGUAGAUCCCGUUCACCGUCUAUACCACGUCGUCAUGGUUCGCCUAGUUUUCUUGAUAGACGUCGUAUUACAAGUGCCAGGAAACGACCGAUUCCAUAUCAUCGACCAACUCCAACGCCGCCUUCAUCACCAAGUAGUUCAGAGAGCAGUAGACACAGUAACUGGUCGAGUCAGAGUCAUCGAUCAAGCUGCUCUCCGAGUCGAAGUCCAUCUUACACACGUUGAAACGUAUUAAUCGAAUUGUCCUUAAAAGAGAACAUGAUGUUCCUUUCUAUUAUAUCAAAUUUGGAAUAAGUUCAUUUGUUUGUUUAUAAUAGCACAUACCUAAGAGAUUAUCUAUAGUUUAUUACAUAUUUCAUUCCAAAUUUGAUAGAUAUAGUUUAAUUCUUCAUAAAUUCUUUACGAACAAAUUUGCUCUCCUUUAAAUCUUCUAACUCGAUAAUACUCAUUGAUGGUUGCUCUCAUCUCUUAAAUAUUAUGAACUUAAGUAUAUUAGUAUUAUUCCCCUUCCGGAUAAUCGAUCCUCUUUCCAAAAAAAGAGAUUAUAGAUCAUAUUUGUAGUCGAUACGAUGCAUGCAUUUUGGGAGAACAAUACUAUAAAGCACUUUGUAUAGUAAACUAAAGUUAAGUUAAUAUAAUAUUUAUUUUAUUAUAAUUUAUUCUCGAAAACGUAUUAAAUAACGUUUGGAAAGAUGAUAUUUUAAUAAUAAUGGUAAUAUGUGUAACUUAUGGGACUUUUAUAAAAAAAGAAAAGUGUUUAAGUUACAUCCUUUAGAUUUGAACUAAUGGAAUCUUUCUAAAAAAAAAAAAGAAAAAAAAAAGAAAAA